AUGUUUUCAACCAAUACAACUUCUUCUAGUGCUGUUUCCUCUUCUUUAUCUUACUCUGCUGCUCUUCAGCAACCCCCUCUCCCGUCUACUUCACUUAUUAAAGUUAUUCCCACGAGCGUUCCGUUAGUCAAUCCCGACGGCUC